AUGGGCCUACGUUUCCAGAGAGGGACGCUACUUCUUCUUGGGAUAUUCUUUUUCGUCAUGACACUUGACUCGGUAGGGGUCUUUGCUUCCAAUUCAAAACCCUCAGAAAAGAGGACGGGGAAACCCGUUGUGUCACGUCAGCAAAUGAAUGAAAAUAUUUAUCAGGUUGCGCAUCAUGCAUUGUACGUUUUGGUGUACCUUUCUCUUUCUGCCGUAUUUGCUGGAUUGACCAUAGGUAUCAUGUGCAUGGAUACUUUGACCAUUGACAUUAUAGCAACUAGUGGUCCCGAGCCUGACCGAACGUACGCCUCUCAGAUUUUGCCCCUGCGACGCCAGGGACAUCAGACAUUAUGCACAUUGAUUUUGUCCAACAUGUUGUUAAACGUCCUCGUGGUACAGGAAACGGCCGUGCUCAUGGAUUAUGUUCAUGAACUGGAGGGUUUUGGCUCUAUAGGAUGGGCUGUAAAAGAGAAUAAUGACGUCACAUCUUUUGUCCUGAGUACUGUGCUUAUUUUUAUUUUUACAGAGAUUAUUCCCACUUCUAUAUGUAAAUCGAAGCACUCGCUUAGGAUUGCCGCGGCCGGAUGUGUGCUUGUCCGCAUUGCAAUGGUUUUGAUGUAUCCAGUUGCCAUUUCCCUUGGAUGGUUACUUGAUCGCUUUGUGGCUCAUGAUGCAGGACAGAUUUACGACCGCAAUGAACUGCGUAAACUUAUGAUCCUUCAUUGUGAGGCACAUGGUGACCGCAGCGGCCUUGUCAAGUCGGAGGUGAAGCUUUUGAUGGCCGCAAUGGAAUUCCAGGAGAGGAGGGUACGUGAUAUUAUGACCCCUGUUGAUCAGACGACUGUUGUUAGGGCGGAAGAAGUCAUCACAGCGGAGGUGAUUGAACGCCUGUGGAACUGUGGGCGUUCCCGUAUUCCUGUGGAGCAGACACCCCAAAAAUAUAUUGGUGUUCUUCUUGUGAAGGAUUUGCUAACAUUACCCAUGCCUAUUGGCGAUCGGCCCCCUAUAACGAUUGGGGAGUUAGUUAAGGCUAAAUCUCGAGUUUUUGCGACUGUGGACGCAAACACAUUACUACCGACACUUCUUCGAUUGUUUCAACAGGUUCAAACGCAAAUGUUUCUUGUUUCACGUGAGAAGGGAAUUGCUGGAGAAAGUGAGGAAACCGCUCCGCCUUACAUACUCCUUCGCACGCCCAAUCACCUUGAAGCGGGAAAGAAAAUUGUGGGCAUUGUUACCCUGGAAGAUGUCACAGAGGCAUUGAUCAAGGAAGAAAUAUAUGAUGAAUAUGACCGCUAUGAAUUCCCCUCAGAUAAUCAUUUGGAUUGCCUCACACAUUGUGUACAUAUUCACAAUAAGGAGAUACCUAUGCCCUUUCCGGAGCCGGCACAGGUGCCUAGGGCAAAUUUCUAUUCCUAUUAUGUUCACAACACGGAAAAUAUCCCUCUUACUGAGGCACAGGUAUGGUCUGUCGCCUAUUAUUUGACGCGAGCCGUGAAUGCCUUCUUCUUGUGGCACCCGGGGUACGUCAAAAUGCUUUUGGACGAGUGUGGGGAUCAGCAACUCAUUCCGCCUCAAGUGGGUUUUGGAGAUGAAGUGGCCGCGGAAAACACGGGGAGCAGUUCUCAGCGUUAUCCGGCGUUAAAUUCACCGACCAAAUCUGAAAACUUUGACACCGUCCCAACUGUACCAAUUAUUUCGACAAGCGGAGAAGGGCAAGAAUUUUUCUCUCCCACUUUUUUAUCCGUGGUGCCGGACGAGUGUUUCGUACUAUACCGUGAUGGUGUGCAGACUACAGUUUUCACACUUGUGCUUGGUGGCACGGUGCAGGCAUUUGUGGGCUCCAGUAAGUUUCCGCUUAAGCGACGCUCCUUUCAAUGGUUUGCCGAGGAGGCAUUAACUUUGGAGAACUACGUUCCCGAUUUUGACGCUUUUGUUUUGUCUCCAACGCGAGUUUACCGUAUCCCAAAAGACGUGUAUGCACGUUACCUUCGCUACAAUGAAAUCUACACACACACGUACGAUAAAAUUGUCAUGAUGGGCAAAAAAACGACGGAUAUGACUCAACAUGCGUCAUCGCAUGCAUUAUCAACUCAGCGAGAGGAAGUCUUUGAAAAGCGCCAGGCCAAGGGCGAUGACAGGGAAGGAUUAUUGAAAACUCAAAAGGAAAGUGGUUUGUAUGGUACCUUUGAUGAAGGUGGGAAGUGA